AUGGCCAGUCCCAAUCUCCCAGAUUACCAAACUCUCUAUCUGCAGGCGGAAGAGAGACGGAGGCAGGCAGAAGAGCGCGAGAAACAGGAAGCAGAAGGGAGGCGACAGGCAGAAGAGCGCGAGAAGCAGGCAGAAGAGCGCGAGAAGCAGGCAGAAGAGCGCGAGAAGCAGGCAGAAGAGCGCGAGAAGCGGGAAGCAGAAGGGAGACGACGGGCAGAAGAGCGCACCCGACAGACCACUUUCACAGAGCUCAUUCAGCACUGCCAUGUCCUUCUCUCCCGAUCACUGAGAGUCAAUUCACCAUCUCGCUCAACGACUGGAAAAAUACCUCUUCCCAAGGGAAAAUACUGCCCCACUCGAUUGGAACACUGGACCGACUGUCCAAAACAGCUCUCGGAAGUCUACGAGUCCGUGUGCCAACAUCUUUGCCCGGAGCGGGGACCUCAGCCUCGUCUGUUUUCGCCUGUAGCUGAAAUAGAAGGGCUUAGCCGUCGAUUUUCUCGCAGCCCACUAAGCAGCGAGCAAGAGCUUGAGGCCUACGAGCGAUUUGGCGUUGAAGAACAUGUUCACGAUAUUAUAACCGAGCUUUGCAAACUGCCAGCUGCUCGUGAGGAGUUCCGGCUCGGAGAUGGAAUCCAGUUCAGCAAUCAUAAGAAUUCCCUGAACGAAAAUGAACCCACGGAGGUUGAAGCAAACGAGCUACCCAGCACAAGUCAACCACGGCCUGACCAGUUCUGCAUCAACCGUGUCGACGGCAACUCGACCACCAUUUUGACGACUGUCGAGUACAAGCCACCUCACAAGCUGCCUUCUGCAACCAUGCGCAUGGGACUUCGACCAAUGGACCUUUGGAAGGAUAUGGUGAAGCACAACGCAGAGCGGCUUGUUUGCUCCGCCAUUUCUCAGGAAUACCAUGUGAUGAUUCAAGAAGGACUUGAAUAUUCAUAUCUGACAAAUGGGCUUACCCGCGUUCUCCUCCGUGUUCCGCUCGACCAGCCUAGCACGCUCUACUACUUUCUCUGUGAUCCCCACAGCGAAAUGACCCCAGAAAGCGAUAUUGCUUCCCGACUAUGGAAAUCCUCUAUUGCGAGGGUUCUGUGCCUUUGUUUGAUGGCGUUCUGUUCACCUACCCGAGGGCAAGAAUGGAGAAACCGAGCGUACCCAGUUCUUCACAAAUGGGAAACAAGCUUUGACCACACGCGCUCACAAAUCCCAGGAAAAGAGUUGCAGCAGAUUCCCCACUCCGACAGCACCCACCCCGAAUUUCCGAGUCCAGAUACUGGUUCAUCCUAUUCACUACCAUCGUCAUCUCCGUUACCAGCUCCCUCAGAGAUCCGUCGAAUCCCUACACGAUCUCAAGCGAGCUGUGCACCUUCGGAGGUUCGACCGCGGUCGCAGUCACCUGGCUCGUCCGGCUCCGACACAAAUCAAGCAGCCGGCCAUAAGCGGAGGAUCAGUCAGGUCACGCCUUCACCGUCCGCUCGGCGGUCAGGUCGCCAGCAAAGCGCAGGACACGGCCAAGACGACCAUUCUCAGCGCCGCGCUGCGCAAUUCUGCACGCAGCGGUGCUUACUUGGUUUACAGACCAGAAAUGAUCUGGAUGAGCGGUGUCCAAACGUGGAUCAUCAUCGCCGAGGCCAGACCGAUCCGACUCAGCAUCCGAUAUCGGCCGAGGACUUGAUGCUCUCAUUGAAAAGCCAGCUGGACGAAGACAUGGAUCGUUGCAUACCCUUCGGCGAUUGCGGCUCGUACGGCGCUCCAUUCAAACUUACAUGCAUGGAAUAUGGCUACACGGUUAUCGGGAAAGGCACCACUGUGGGGUUGUGGAAAGAAGUUUCCCGCGAAGCGGAGGUGUAUCGAGUGCUGCACAAGGCCCAAGGAUCUGCUGUGCCUGUUUUCUUGGGUACUAUUGACUUGGCAAAAAUCUAUUUUCUUCAUGGCGCACAAAUCCGCCACAUGCUCGUCAUGGGCUGGGGCGGUGAGUGUACUGCGACGAUGGAGCUGACGCAACAGCUUUGCCGCGAGAUGCACAAGUCGAACAAGGAAAUCAGAGCUCUUGGGAUAAUACAUGACGACCUGAGGCGAGAAAAUGUCCUUUGGAGUGAAGAGCUCGGGCGUGCUUUGAUCAUCGAUUUUCACCGUUCGACUCUGAGAUGCCGACCGGCCAAGCAGCGACGGGGUGCCGCAAAACGACGACCGUGUCGAGUGGAGGCAAGAGAUGCGAAACGUCUUCGUGUGUCAUGA